AUGUUGAACACCGCAGCUAAUUCUGGCCUGAUUCGAGCGGAAAAGCCAGGCACAGCAUUACCAAUUCCUGAAUCACGCUACCCGGCUGUUGAGAAGCUUUUGGCCAACGCUGAAGAUGUGACUCUUACUAUCCGCAUCUUGGCCAGUGAUAAGAAAUCACGGAGACGGAGGAUGACGACUCUUGGCUGCCUUAAAUCUUUCCUUCCACAGAUCGCUAACAAUGAAAAUAUUGACAUUUCCCCGUCCAACACUGAUUUGCGAGCUUUCAGCGAAGCGCCACUGGAGCUUGGGAAAGAGAUCUCAUCUCUUUACGAAGCUCUAUUUACACAUUGUUUCUGCCCCGAGUCUGAAGAGGUUAUCGCUCGUAUCAGAUUGUGCAAUAAUAUCCAGUGCGAUGAUGGCAAAGUGACGUUUGGUGUGCUCUUCAAAGCUCAUGCUCACGAUGAGUCCCUACCAUGGUGGCAAGAUACACACAUAUCGGUGGUGCAACGGACUGUGAGGUUUGAGGUUAGCACGAACGAUGAAAACGAAAUCCGCGUGGAUUCUGAUUUGCCGUUUUGUUCUUACAUCUCGGCUCAACAUGAACAUGGUCUGAUCCUCUUGGAAUUUUUGGUAACGGAGCAAAAGCUAUACUUUCAAGAGUCCUUAGAUCCGCUGAGGUAUUGGGGAUUUGACAGGCCCAGCAUCUCUCUUGGCCAGCUCUUGGAGGAAGUUUCCUUGUCUGCCGAGGAUAUGACGGAGAAGAGGAAAGAAGUGCUCUCGUGGCUUUUGGCGAAAGCGACGUGGCAGUACUAUAACUCAAAAUGGAUGCUUAAGCCAUGGAACAAGGAGAGUGUGCACUUUCUCUCCGAACAACGACGGACCGAGGAUGGCCAUCAGCUUGACGGCAUCUUUGUGAAUGAACCCCUUCUUUCCAUUUCUAUUGCUCCUCAACUAUUUGCAUCUGAGGAUACAAAGGCCUGUUCUCAGCGGAGAACAGACACGAAAAGCAGUCCAAAGCAACGCCGCUUACCUUUUGGUGGCAAACCCGUGCACCCAAUACCAAAAAUACUCGCGCUCGGUAUCAUGCUUAUGGAAAUUCAACUUUGUCGACCUAUAGAAACUCUUCAUGAAGAUCCUGAAUGGUCACAAUAUUGCCCGAAUGGGAAGCCAAAUCAAAACACCAACUUCAAAAUCUGCCGGGAUCUCAUUGCGAAGAAAAGCUUCUUUGAUGACAUAUCAGGUCCACUGGAGGGUCUCAUCAGGGCUUGCAUUCAACCACUUGAUGUAUUUGUGCCUCCUCAUGUUCGGGAUGAAGAAGAUAUUCGAGGAGCCUUAUAUGUCUUGGUCAACCGGCUAGAGGUGCAACUGUACGGCCCCAUACACAAGAAAUUAAAGGGGAACGUUCACGACCAGGACGUACUAUGUCGCAAAUGGCUCAGCACGAGUUCAACAUCAACGGAAAGUUGGUUCAAACGGAUCGAUAGUUUCAAUUAUCUCUUUAAGGCCAAAGAUGACGACGAAUAUAACAAGGUCAAGAUUGCUGUUCUUGAUACUGGUGUUGACCCAACUGAUGCCGCCGCUGCCUAUAUAGCUGGGUACCGAGAUUUUGUGAGCGGAGACGACAGUAUCAAGUGCGACAAUACCGGACACGGGACAACGCUUGUCAAUCUGAUCUUUGAUAUGUGCGACAUGGCUUCUGUACAUGUUGCGAGGAUCUUUGAUACAGAUGAAGCAAACGACAACACCCAAACCCUCGCAAUUAAGGCCAUUGACUGGUGCAUCACGCAAAAUAUGGAUGUGAUCUGCAUGGCAUGCGGUUUUAACGAGUACAACGAGGAGCUGUAUAAAAAGAUACAUGAGGCUUCUGGGAAGAUGCUUAUUUUCGCGGCACCGACAAACGAAGCCAACGUGGGUGGGAUUGCCUAUCCCGCCCAGUUUGACUCUCAUGUCUUCUGCAUGUUCUCCACGGAUGGUGCUGUUACUAACUCCCGACGACUCAAUCCAACUUCGAGAGAGGGAUACACUAACUUUGCCAUCCUUGGAGAAGACAUAAAGACCUUGAGAGGCGAAGAAAAAUCUGGAACAUCCUUCUCAACGGCGAUAGCUACUGGGCUUGCGGGUCGUUUGCUAGAGUUCUCGAGGCACAGCGACUGCCAGGGCCGAUUAAAAAACGCCUCUAUGAUGAAGGUCAAGGAUGGUAUGGCUAAAAUUCUGAAAGCUAUGGCAGUGAAAGAUGGACACUUUAACUGUCUAAAGCCUUGGAUGCUGCUACCUAAGGAGUUACAGAACCAAAUUCCGUUUAACAACGAUAUCUUUCCUACGGAGGCGGAGAAAAUGGCGGCAAGGGAUUAUAUCCGCAAUGUGAUGUCGCAGCGUCUAAGUGAUGCGUGA